AUGCCCCUCCUACUACUUAGCGAGUUUGGAGAAGAGUUUUUUGGCAGAGCGCCAGAGGUAUCCAAGGUAACCCAUCUUACAUUUCGCUUUCCACCGGUGCGCUGGCGAGUAGAUGCGAGGCGAUUCCUGAACUUCGAUGCACUACUCCAACGGGACGGGAGGGGUCGCACGGGUCUUUCACCAGCAAACGAUCAAAACGAUCAGAAAGCAAAAGGGUGA